GUUUUCGUGUCGAGCGCACUUGACCAGCCGCAGCAUGUUGUACCGCCACGUCCACAAGAUGAAGGCGUCGUCGGCGUCCAACAUCUUCCUCCGCGGCCAGAGCGCCCGCGACAUGAGCCAGAUCCGCAAGCUCAUGGCCGCCAACCGCGGCGAGAUCGCGACGCGCAUCAUGCGCGCCGGUAACGAGCUUGGCAUCCGCACGGUCGGUAUCUUCUCGGCCGAGGAUCGCUUCACGCAGCACCGCUACAAGGCCGACGAGUCGUACCUUGUCGGGAAGGGCAAGUCGCCCGUCGCGGCUUACCUCGACAUUGACUCGAUCAUUAACGUCGCCAAGGACAACCACGUCGACGCAGUCCACCCUGGCUACGGCUUCCUCUCGGAGAACGUCGAGUUUGCCAAGAAGUGCGCGGCCAACGGCAUUACGUUUGUGGGCCCGACGCCCGAGAACCUCGCGACCUUUGGCGACAAGACGGCCGCCCGCGCGAUCGCGAUCAAGCACAACGUGCCGGUCGUGCCCGGUACGGAAGGCCCGGUCGAGACGCUCGAGCAGGCCCGCGCCUUCAUCGACUCUGGUGUCGGCUACCCGGUGAUCAUCAAGGCCAGCAUGGGCGGCGGUGGCAAGGGCAUGCGUGUCGUGACCCACGCCGAAGAGCUCGAAGACAACUUUAUCCGUGCCUCCUCGGAAGCGCUGGCGGCCUUUGGUGAUGGCACGGUGUUCAUUGAGCGCUACGUCUACAAGCCCCGCCACAUUGAAGUCCAGAUCCUCGGUGACGGCAAGGGCAAGGUCGUCCACCUCUUCCACCGUGAUUGCUCGGUCCAGCGUCGCCACCAGAAGGUGCUCGAGACGGCCCCCGCCGUCCUCCUCAACCCGGAGACGGAGAAGGCCAUGAUCGACGACGCAGUGCGCCUCACGGCCGCGGCCAACUACAAGAACGCCGGCACGGUCGAGUUCCUUGUGGACCAGGAAGGUCGCCAUUACUUCAUCGAAGUCAACCCGCGCAUCCAGGUCGAGCACACGAUCACGGAAGAGAUCACGGGCGUCGACCUCGUCCAGAGCCAGAUCCGCAUCGCCAACGGCGAGAGCUUCGAGUCGCUUGGCCUUGUCCAGGACAAGAUCAAGGUGCGCGGCCACGCGAUGCAGUGCCGUGUCACGACUGAGAACCCGGCGCUCAACUUCCAGCCCGACUCGGGUGUCAUUGAAGUCUUCCGCUCGCCAGGUGGCAUGGGCAUCCGCCUCGACGACGGCCCUGGGUUUGUCGGUGCGCACAUUACGCCGCACUACGACUCGCUCCUCGUCAAGGUGACUGCGCGUGCGCUCGACCGCGGCGACUGCGCCCGCAAGCUCAAGCGCGCGCUCAAGGAAUUCCGCGUCCGCGGCGUCACGACCAACAAGAACUUUCUGCUCAACGUGCUCAACCACCCGGACUUUGUCGACGGCACGAUCGACACGUCGUUCAUUGCCGACAACCCGCACCUCGUCGCGCCGUCGCACUCGACCAACCGCGGCCAGAAGCUGCUCCGCUACAUUGGUAACACGAUCGUCAACGGUCCGGAGAAGGCGCUUGGCGCGACUGGCCCGGCGCCGUCGUCGAUGGACCCGCUCGCGCCGCACUUUGCCGAGCCCGCGCCGUCGGCCACCAAGUCGCUGCGCCAGAUCUACACGUCGGAGGGCCCGGCGGCCUUUGCGAAAGCGGUCCGCAACAACAAGGGGCUGCUGCUGACGGACACGACGUGGCGUGACGCGCACCAGUCGCUGCUCGCGACGCGCGUACGCACGACGGACCUCGAGGCGAUUGCGCCGGCGACGGCCAUUGCGCUCCGCAACGCCUACUCGAUCGAGAUGUGGGGCGGCGCGACCUUUGAUGUCACCAUGCGCUUCCUCCGCGAAGACCCGUGGGAGCGCCUCGCCAACCUCCGCGAGCUCGUCCCGGACGUGCCGUUCCAGAUGCUCCUCCGCGGCGCCAACGCGGUCGGCUACACGUCGUACCCGGACAACGUUGUCUACAAGUUUUGCGAAAAGGCCCAGCAGACCGGUAUGGAUGUCUUCCGCGUCUUUGACUCGCUCAACUACCUCGAGAACAUGCGCCUCGGUAUCGACGCGGUCGGCGCGUCGGGCGGUAUCAUUGAGGCUGCUGUGUGCUACACGGGCGACGUCUCGGACCCGGAGCGCGGCCCGUACAACCUCGAGUACUACCUCAACUUUACGCGCCAGCUCGUCGGCCUCGGUAUCCACGUGCUCGCGAUCAAGGACAUGGCCGGUCUCCUCAAGCCCCAGGCCGCCCAGAUCCUCAUCGGUGCGAUCCGCGCCGAGUUCCCGGACCUCCCGAUCCACGUGCACACGCACGACACGGCCGGCACGGGCGUGAGCUCGAUGCUCCAGGCGGCGUACGCGGGUGCGGACGCGAUCGACUGCGCGACGGACGCCAUGAGCGGCACGACGUCGCAGCCGUCGAUGGGCGCGAUCGUGGCUGCGCUCCAGAACACGGAGCUCGACACCAAGGUUGACGCCGGCAUGAUCAACGAGAUCAACGACUACUGGGAGACGAUGCGCGGUGUCUACGCGCCGUUCGAGUCGGGCCAGAAGAGCGGGUCGGCCGACGUGUACCACCACGAGAUGCCCGGUGGCCAGUACACGAACCUUCUCUACCAAUCGACGCAGCUCGGCCUCACCGGUCAGUGGCCGGCGAUCAAGAAGGCGUACGCGACGGCCAACAAGCUCCUCGGCGACAUCAUCAAGGUCACGCCGUCGUCCAAGGUCGUCGGUGACUUUGCGCAGUUCCUCGUCCAAAACAACUUGACGGAAGAGGAGGUGCUCGCCCAGGCCGAGACGCUUUCGUUCCCCAAGUCGGUCAUCGAGUACUUCCAAGGCUACCUCGGUAUCCCCCACCACGGCUUCCCGGAAGAGCUCCGCGCCAAGGUGCUCAAGGGCAAGCUCCUCCCGAACGGGAAGGAGAUGUUUGAGGGUCGCCCGGGCGCCGAGAUGGCGCCGUACGACUUUACGGCGGCCCACCGCCAGCUCUGUGAGACGUACGGCUCGGACAACAUCUCGGAGCUGGACGUGCUCUCGCACGCCAUGUACCCGGAUGUGUUCAAAGGCUUCAUGGAGUUCAAGGACAAGUACGGCUCGAUGCACUUCCUCGACACGCGCACGUUCCUCACCGGUCUCGAGGUCGACAAGGAGGUCGAGCUCACGAUUGAGCACGGCAAGACGGUCUUUGUCAAGCUCAUCGCUGUCGGCGCUGUCUCCAAGAAGGACGGCACGCGCGAUGUGAUCUUUGAGCUCAACGGUCGCCAGCGCGUGAUCAAGGUCAACGACGACAACGCAGCUGUCGGCAAGGUCGAGCGCCUCAAGGCCACGGUCGGCAUGCCCGGCUCGGUUGGCGCGCCCAUGCCCGGUGUCAUUGUCGAGGUCAAGGUCGCCAAGGGCCAGACCGUCAAGGCCGGUGCGCCGCUCUGCGUCCUCAGCGCCAUGAAGAUGGAGACGAUGGUCGCCGCGCCCGUCUCGGGCAAGAUCAAGAACAUCCACGUCAUCGUCGGCGACAACAUGAAGGCCGGGGAGCUCCUCGUCGAGAUUGACGAGACGGGCGACAAGGAGUAAAUGCAGCUUGAAAAUAAAAGUGGUUAGUGUGUACUUGGAGAUAGAUAGCUUGU